GCUCCCCUUGUCUAGCCCUUGCGUCCUGUUCCCCCCCAGCUGAGCGGUGACGAGCGAUUGUCGCGUCUGAAUGCAACCAGAUUCAGAAGACGAGCGUCCGGUCUCGACGCCGAAGAGACAGAGAACGGUAGAUCUCAAUGGAUCCACGAAUGGAAACGCGAACGAUGGGGAUCAGGUCGAGACCACGCCGGUGAAACGGAUGAAAUCGACCCCCCAGAAAUCAACCCCCAAGAAAACUCCGGCGACGACGCCGGCGGCUUUGAAAGAAUCCGGCCUAAAGACUCCCACGCAUAAGUCCAAGGCAAAGGCUCUCUUUUCGACCCCUACGAAAGAUAAGGCUGCCCCGACGCCAUCGAGAGCGAAGAAUGCCGACCGGUCUGCGAAGAAAAAGAGCGCGCGUCUGCUCCUUGAGCAGGAUGAGGAAGAUAUUUGGGAUGGGGGAGACCGUUUAGCAGAAGAGAUUCUGGAAGAGGAGAAUGACGCGCCGCAGAAAUCCGGGGAAGGGGGCAGGGAUGUGGUUGAAUCCGUCGAGGCAGACGCAGAAGCACCAGCCAACAAGAAGACGGCGGCGACCCCGAAGCGCCGGGCAGGACGGCCGAAGGGUGCAAAGAACAAACGGUCUCCAACACCAGAGGGGGAGCUGCCGGCUCACGAGCGCUAUUUUUUCCAGAAUCGGGCUGGUCCGCCGCGGACGUCCAAUAAUACUUUCAACAAAGUGCCGCUCCUGACGCAUGAGGAAUAUUUCGAGAAGUUGGCGCAAUAUGUGGAUCCCUUCAAGAAGGAGAAGUCUUUCUUGUUUGACCUGCAUUGUCGGUCCUUCCCGCAGUGGAACUUUGAAUUCGACCAGGGGUUUAAUCUCUGCCUGUAUGGAUACGGUUGCAAGCGUGAGCUUGUGCAGGGGUUCGCCGAUUGGGUUCAUCACAAAUACAGUGAUGAUCCUCCUUCGAUUGUCGUCGUCAACGGACACACGCCGAAUAUCUCCAUUCGGUCGAUCUUCGCUACGAUUGUCACGGCGGUGCUUGGGGCGGACAUUCCCUCGAAGAUGGGAUCCCAACCGGUGGAGGUUUUGGAACUACUGCAAUCAGUUCUGAAGUCACAACCCUCGCGGAAACCGAUCACUGUUUUAAUCAACUCCAUCGAUGCGCCCUCUUUCCGACGCGCAGCUAACCAGGCGCUCCUAGCGCGAUUAGCCGUGACGCCUAAGAUCAAUCUUCUGGUGACGGCCGACACUCCCAACUUCUUACUGAUGUGGGACAUCAGUCUUCGGGACCAGUUCAACUUCGUCUUCCACGACUGCACCACAUUUUCAUCCUUCGAUACCGAGUUCGAUGUCGUCGAGGAGGUCCACAGUCUCCUGGGCCGCAAGGGCCGACGCAUCGGCGGCAAAGAAGGUGUCGAGUUCGUGCUGAAGAGUCUGCCGGAGAACGCGCGGAACCUGUACCGCGUGCUCCUGACCGAACUCCUGACCAUCAUGGAUGACGGACACCAAUCGGACGACGAGAUCGACGGCCAUGAGGCCGAGGAGCGACAAGGCGGAGGGCGCGAAGAGACCGGCAUCGACUUCCGCAUGCUCUACCAGAAGGCCUCGGAGGAGUUCAUCGCCUCGUCGGAGAUGAUGUUCCGGACGUUGCUGAAGGAAUUCCACGACCACCAGAUGAUCACCUCUCGCAUGGACACGAGCGGGAUGGAGCUUUUGGGGGUGCCGCUGUCGCGCGAAGAGAUGGAGGGCAUCCUGGAAGAUCUCGUGUUGGCUUGAUAUGGUGCAUUUGCAUGACUUGAUGAUACCCCUUUGUAUAACCGUGUACCGAUUAUAUAACUGCCUACUGAUUAUAAGAUGGAGGAUUCUGAAUAUGGCGUCUAAUUACCUGUGUACUGUACAACAUCUAACCAUGGCUUCUAAAUCAAUAUCCAAUAUUGAACAUCCACUUUCUCAC